AUGUCGGCGAAGAGGCUGAAGGACCUCGUGCAGAUGCGCCCGGCGCUGGACCAGGUCCUGCAGCACAUCAAGUCGAAUCGGUGGCGCGAGGCGCGUGCGGCGAUCGACGCUCUCCAGGAGCCCGUCAAGCGAGGUCACCGUCACAAUGAGCCCAAGAACCCAAGGUACCCUGUGUUCCCCGAAGACAAGUACAUUCGCGCGCUGUACCGGCGCGUUCCGGCGGUCAGGCAGCUCCCGAUCGACCUGCGCGCCGAGGAGCGCGAGCGCACCGCGGCCGGGGACGACGGCGACCCGGACCGGCCGCCCAUGACGCACUUUGCAAAACGCUUCGGACUGAAGCAGCUCGAGCUGGUCGAAGAGAAGGGCAUGACGGAGGACGCCGCGUUCGACGAGGUGUGGCGGGCAAUGGAGGGCGAGCUGGACGCGGAGCUGGACAAGUGGGUGCGGGUCGGCGCGACGGUGCCGCGCGGGCCGCUGAUGAUGGUCCGGACGAUCCAGCUGGAGGAGGAGAAGGUGCUGCGCGAGGGUUUGUUGCAGCGCGUGGCCGAGUUCGGACAGGAGCCCGACGCGUAG